GAAUGCAUCGAUUGUCCCAUUAUACUCACGUUGGACGAUUUCGCUCAAUCUGCCAAAGAAGAUGAUUCUGUCAGCAGCGCAGGAGGUUUUAGAUAACGCUUCUGUGAUCCUCAACAUGGCCAAUGAGCUCUGCAGCCUGUCGCCGGAUCCAAGCAAAAUAUCCGCCCUGACUGGAUACUGUCUCUAUUUCUCUGUAUUUGUUCAGCAGAAAUACCUGACUACGCAGCCCACUUUCGGGACGCAAGCGACGGAGUCUACCAAUGGAGCAUUCUCGAUUCUGAACACGCUGCAAGACUACUGGUACCCACUCAAAAAUUUUAUCACAAAGCUCCGGGAACAAUUCGAACAAUACAGUCAGCGUCAAGACGUGGACGGAGAAAUACAAAAAAUGAGUCAAUUCACGCCAGGGCAAGGCGAGACUCAAUCGUCUAAGGGGUUUCCCGACAUCGAGCAUUACGUGGAGGAUGAAGUUAACAUUUUGCGAAAGUCUCCUGGAGGUUCGGUGCCUCUAAAUCAAACAUUCAGCAACCAAGCCAGGGGAGCCCCGAAUGCGCAGGUCGUUGGAAUGCCACGUCCCACAGUAGGCGCCGCAGAAAAGAUGCUCUCGCCGAGGCAAGAUGAAUCAGGCCGGCCCUGGCCCGUUGUCGAGCACAGUUCAUCUCACUUUGUGGACCCCAACUCCUGGCCAUGGUGGGAUAUCGGAGCAGGGUCAAACGAUCCAGACGAAUUGUCUCUUGCAAACAUAUGCAUGAUGGAAAACGGCUACUGA